AUGUCUUUCCGAAAUCGUUGGAGCUAUAAUUAUUGGCAACAAUACGAAGGUGCUAGUUGCUAUAAUAAUUAUUCUACAUAUAAAAGGGAAAUUGAAGAAAAAAUUGACAAUCUUUAUAGAAUCACGAAUGGAAAUUUUUACACACAAUGGCAUCAAUUAAAUGAAUAUAUAAAAAAAAAGAAUAAUGAGAUAAAGAAUUGUGAUCGAAAUAAAAGCACACUUGAUUUACUUAAAGAUGACAACAUAAAACGUUUUAGUACAUUAUGUUCUAAUAGAUUAUCUUGUCGUACGAAACCUUCAUCUCUUGUUAAUAAUCAUGAUUCAUUACAACCUGGUAAAAAUGCAACCUGUAAAGGUGACAGUUGUCCACAAAAAAAAACACGAACCAAAUCACCAGUAGCGAAACUACAAUCAUUACCACAUACAGGAAGCUCAAAUGCAAAAAGUUCACUAAACCCGAAAACUAUAAAUCCAGUUCAAGAACAUCAUGAAAGGAAAGGAUCAGAACAACCAAGCAUAUCUUCACAAGCUCAUCAAGAACAAAAACAUCGCGGUAGUUCUGUUCAAACUGAAGGUGGAUCACCUGAAUCCUUAAAAGUUCAUAAUACUGCAAAACCUGAAUUAGAACAAUCCUCGGCACAAUCUGCAUCUAUACCAGCGCCUGUCACAACUACUGAAGUAAUUACUCAUCAAAUUUCGCAUUCGCCAGGAAGCAAAGCUUCGGAGGAAUCUGAUGCAAGUAGUCCUGUUCAAGAAAUUGAUUUAAAAGGAAGUAAUCAUCAAAGUGGUACAUCUGCGGGUCAAACUUCGGAUGAUAAUCUCCCUAAUCUGCAAUCCAUUAAUGGUAUAACGGAUGCAAACCAAGACCCUAAUAAUCAAAUAUUUCGUGUAGAAAUUGAAUAUGUUUCUGACGAAAAUCCACCUGGCACAUCUACCGGUGAUGUAAGUUCAAGUAGUACAGAUACUGCUUGUGCAGAUACUGAUAAAACGAAUAUUCAUCAUGCAACUACCUGUAAUAAGACAUAUAGUGGAAUACCUACUAAUCCUGAAACUUCUGGUGAUGAAGCUACUCCUGAUGAACUUGUCCGUGGUGAAGGAGCUGUUGUUGCAGAUGUUCGUAGUGAAACUAAUGGUACUGAGGAUGCUGAAAAUGGACCUUCCGUUAGAGAAAAAACUGAUGUUAUAGUUUUUAGUGAUAAUGGUGUUGAUCAUAAAUCAUUUUGUCUUGAAGAUGCUGAAAAUCCAACACAUGAGAAUGGAAUUCCUUGUAUUGCAGAAAAAGGUACUGAAAUAGAUGCUAAUAACGGUAACAUACUAGGAACACUAAGGGAAUUUUUCUAUGAAAUACAAAAUAACCCACAUAUCAUAAAAACUUCAAUACCCAUAGGAAUUAUUUUUUUGUUGACUCUUCUCUUUAAGUACACUCCUUUGUGGAGGAUUCUUACUAAGAAAAAAAAAAAAGAACCAGUAGAUAUGAAUGAAGAAUUACACAGUGUACUACAAGAACCUUUAAUUAUGGAUGACGAAAGAAGUAUCCCAUUUUCAUAUGGUGCUUUUGAAUAUUCAACAUUUGAUGAAAAUACAUAUUAA